GAGAUGCACAUGUGCAACAAACCCCGGUGCGGCGCCAUCGGACACGCCAUCAACUACGGCGUCGACGUGGACAUUCUCCCCUGCAAGGACAUCCUGGAGCACGCUUGCGGUCGUUGGAUCAGGGCCGACGAGGAGAUCUACGAGAAGUGGAUGCUCGGCUCGGCGCGCCUCUACGUCGAGGACAUGUACAGGGACCUGAAGCGCUUCCUCGAGACCAUGCCCAUCACGGCACCAAUGCGCACGCAGCACAAGGUCUCCGUGCUGUAUCGUAAGUGUCUCUCCGAAAGAACAGUGGACAGCCGCGAUCUUCUAAACAAGUUGAUGAACGGGGUGUACAGCCUACAAAGCUGGCCCUUCGAGAGCACGCAAUUUGAACCGUUCAACACUAUCCUGGCCGAGUUCCUGCACCGAACGAGUGAGUCCGCCCUUCUCUCCGUCGGUACGGCGAGGAUGCUGCAGAUCACACGGGCAAGCAGCGACGCCGCUGGUGAAACUGCUAACGACAUCGUCUUGUCCCUGGACUGUCCCACAUUCGCUAUGCCGAGGUAUUGGCUCCUUUCCCGAAAUGAUGCCGACAAGAACGACUACACAGCGUUAAUUAUGAACGUAAUUAAAUUGUACAAGAGAAGCGAGAUUCCGCUGGCCGUGGUGAAAAACAUUGUUUCUUUCGAAAUUAACAACGCGUACGUGACGAGAAGAUAUUGCCACAGACGGAAGCUGAGAAAAUUCACGUUAGGCCACUUGAAGGAGAAGGUGAAAAAGUUCCCAUGGCAAGAUUUUCUGCAGGAUGUUGUUGGGAAAGACACUGGUAUCAUUGUUAAUGACGACACUCCAGUUUUGCUGAGAUCAUUUGACUAUAUGAGAUACUUGGCAAGCCUCCGCAACACGCCGAAGGCAAAACGCGCGAUGAAUUACAUUGGCUGGCGCAUACUGUAUUUCUACGGGCCGCUCGCUUUGCCAGCACUCAGGGAUAAGAUUUCCGAGUUCCGGUCUCAGAAGUUAAACCAGUCGACUAUCGAGGACUGGAAGAAGUGUCUCGUAAUUACAAAUGACGUCAUGCCCAUAGGAAUGGGCCGCGUUUACGUGGAGGCCAUGACCCGCAUGAAGACACUGUUCGCCGUCCAGGAGCUCGUGUCAAAGGUAAUCUUCAGCUUCAAGUACAUGCUCGCGCAGGCCGUGUGGCUCGACCCCGAGGCAAAGAUAAACGCGUCCAACUACCUCAGCCAGAUGAAGACGAUGGUUGGCAUCCCCAAGUGGGUCGCCGACGACAAGAUACUCGACCACUACUACGUCAACUUGACGUUCGACCUGUCCAAAGACACCUUCUUUACCAUGUUCGACCUCGCCACCCAGCACGCGGCCAAGUUUCGGUUCUUGCCGCUCUUUCAGCAGCGCUCGAACGAGAUACUUCGCCGCAGUCACUAUUGGAGGGGCCAUCUCCGUGCUGACAACCACACAGCCACCGCGGAUGACGAGCUACUGAAGGGAAUCAACAUGCGACCUCUGCACUCUUUCAUCUUCCCGUCGCACGUGGUGGACCUUCAUUUGCGCCGCUACAACAUGAGACAAGCUCUCGUGUUCGACGUGAACGAAAACUCCCUCCUCCUGCCCGCGGGACUUCUGCAGCCGCCCUACUUCGACCCCAACGUUCCUCUGGCCAUCAACUACGGCGGCCUCGGGGUUCUAAUACUGCACGACAUGGUGCGCGAGUUCUUUCGCUUCUUCUUCGAUGACACCGAGGCCCGAUGGCGCAAGCGCACCCGGUGCAUCAACAACAGGGUUUUCCGCAAGACGGAGGAGUCCAGUGGCAGCCUGGAUGAGAACCAGGAGCACGAGGUGGUCACCUUCACCAUGAUGACGGUGCGCGCUGCCUACAACGCGUACCACUACGCGCUGGGCACGGACGACGACGACAUCGUGCCCGGCGGUGGCAUCGACUCUAAUCCCGACCAGUUGUUCAUGCUCACCACCGUGCGCACGUUAUGCUCCAUCAUUCGGGACAGGCACUUCGCACUAGUGGAGCUUGGCAAGGACGUGCUCCUCCUCCGCAAAAUUACGGCGGCACUCCAGGGGCUCGAUGAACUGCAGGACGCCUUCCGGUGCGUCGGCGAGAAGAGGAACGCCUACUACCACUGCUUGGAGAGCGCGCACCCGACCGAGGAGUAGUCGGCCAGCCGCGCCCCAACGCCGCAGCCGUGCAGACACCACGAGGGAGCGGCCGCCCAUGCGGCGCCCUCGAAGCAAGAAAGGCAUAAUCGCGCCGACCGCCAAAGGAGGUGCUCAUUCGGAGAGGGCUUACACGCCUCAUCGCACUGAAGAGCAGCAAAAAAGGCUUCUGCGCAGCUGUGCCGAGCAUCGACGAUACAAUAUCUGACGCUCGGUGCCACAUUCGGUGUUAAAAACCAUGCUGAUGUGUCACCUUUGUUGACACUGGUCGCCAGUGCAGCAGUGAGGGAAGCUGCAAUGAAGCAAACAUUGCAGGGCGCUGAAAUCGACCCGAAGCUGUCGUCGUACGCUCACGGGGAAACGUGCUCCGUGGCUCAGCGGCGCGGCGCGCUUUUGAGGUGCCGUAUAAAUCAUCGUGCGCCGUACGACCUGGGCAUAGAUGGUGCAUGUACGCCGCGACUCAGUACGCCAUGAAAAAUGCACAACGCGGCCAGACGCUACGAACAGUGCUGCUGCGGAUGCAGCUGCUCCCAUAUUUGGGAAAGUUUGAUGCCAGUUUCGGAUACUUCGCAUAAAAAAAAAGAGUAGGCGAAGGACAAGCUUCAAGCGAAAGUCGCACUGGCCCAGGAGGCAUCAACUGGAAACAGCCCGAACGGAGCGUGCCUCGAAAGUGCAUCCAAGACGCAGUACAGGGGGCGUCUGUCCACCUAGAUGCCCAAUAGUCGGCGCUCGUGGGUCGUUGCGUGUUGCAGCCGGCGUCCGUAUUUUAUGCGGAGACAAAAUUGUCACCUAAUUGGUUCAUGUCGAAGCAAGCGACAUGAACGACGAGAGACUAUAAAAUUUUAUUUUUCUCAUGAUUUGUCUCUUGUUUGG